CUUUUAUCGAUAUAGUCUAGAUAUCCAAUCAGCCAUUUUGCGCACAUGGCUUGUUUACGAGUGGACUAUAGGCCUAAGCUUGAAGCCGUCCAAAUGCAGUGGUGGGCAGAUUACUGGAAGUCGUGACACCCAACUGCAGUUACUCGUUUGAAUAAGCCUAAAAAUGACAGAGCCUGACAGUAAUGUGCGGGGGUCUGAUGUCAUAGACGAGAAUGCCAUUACAGAGGAACAACCUGCUCUUGCACAAGUGUCCCCUGAUCGGGCAUCUCCUAUGGCCGAGCGCACAGAGGCAGAGCAAGAUGCUGUUGAUGAAGAACUGCUGCUGGAAAGAGAACAGGACAAUGUUGAAAUACGUUCCCUGAAGCUCACAGGUUCUGAGCAGGAAAUUCUAAAUGAUAUUGAACCAGCCUUGAGCAGCAGAACAGAUAUACGUAUAACAUUGGACACAGAUGAUAUUUUGCUGAAGAAGGCUGUUGAAGCAAUUAAGAGCAAUUUCAAUGAAGCCAAAGUUGUAUCAGAGCUUCGUAAAAUGUAUGAUCUGUAUCAUGAAAGUCAAGUUCAAAAUUUGCUUUUGGCUGGGACCAUUCAAAAGUACUUGGACAAAAUUGACCGUUAUGAGGCUAGGCAUGUCAGGGAUCCAAGAGUAAUGGCUGCUUUAAAUAUGAGUCAAAGACAUAGGAAUUAUCUUAAAGAGGCCGAUGAGGAAAAAAAAGAUCUUCAGAAUGAAUUAUUACAAUUAAAAGUGGACAUGAAACAUGUGGAAGAUAAUCUUAAAAUGAAGCAAAAAGAGUUCUCCAAGUUGCAAGAAGAGUACAAAAAGCUUAAAGAUAUUGAAAAACAUUCUGAAGCUGUUGAGACCAAACUGAUUAGUAAAGAAAAUGAACUCCAAACUCUGAAGGAGAAGUUUGAGGAUGACAUGUUCAGAUUUCAAAAUGAAAAAGACAAUGAAAUAGCAGAUCUUUUAGCUAAAUAUGCAGAUGAUCAAUCUUCCAAAGCAACAGCUCAUGAAAAAGAUUCAAUAAAAAAUGACCAACAUCGCCUGGAAAGGAUAAUGAUUCUCAGAGAAUUGGAAGAGGUUAAAAGGACAUUACGAAUGGUUGAGGAUGACAGAAAAACUAAAAAAGCAGCAUUGAAACACUGUAGGGAUACUUUGACAAAGCUAAUGAUUGACUCCAGGAUUCUAAAGAAAAAUGCAGGUAUCUGCAGGACCACAUUAAUAAGAGAAGAAAACCGUUGUACAGUAUUAGAGCAAAAGUUGAAGAACUUAAACUUGGACUACAAGAGAGUACAAAGUUGUCUUGAGGCAAGCAGUAAUGCUAAUUAUGACCUUGGAUGCAAAUUACAAGCAAUAAAUGUAGAAAAUAAACAUCUAUCAAGUGACCUCCGUGACACCAAAGAUAAACUAGAAAAUACUUCUAAACAAUUGUCUUAUUGUAAUAGUACUGCUGUUCAAUUGAAAAAAAAAUUAGCAAAGAGUGAGGCUGAAAAGGUGCAUUUAGAAAGUACACUAAAAAUUAAAGCAGAUCACAAUGAUUCAUUGAUAUCAAGAAUCACUGAGUUGGCACACAAGAAAUACAAACAAGCUCAACAGCUUAGACUGUCAGAAAACAAUGCAAUGCUUUUGGUCAAAGAAUUAAGCUCUCUUAAUGAUGAGAUGCACAGACAAAAACAGAAAGUUAAAGAUAUUUUGGAUCAAAAAAAUCAGCUUUGGAUAAAGCUUGGAAUUGUCAAAAAUCAUUAUAUUGACAGUGAAGAAAAAAGUCGUUUACUGAUUCGUGAAGUGGAAGCUCAAAAAGGAUAUGCCAACAAAAUGGAGAUGAAAAGAUUGGAAACUGAGGCCAAAUUAGAAGGUUUAAUGAGAACAAAUAUUGAACUUUACAAUGAAACAAAUACUCAAGCGGAAAUUCAACAGUUGCAAGUGUUUCAGUUUAAACAAAAGAACAAAGAAAUCAAAGGUUUGCAGGCUAUGAGCAAAGACAAAGAUGAUCAGAUUCAGAAAAUGGAGUGCACAACAAAAGAGCUGGUGCAUCAGAUUGAGCAACUAGCAUCUGAAAGUAAUAAAUUGAAAGCUCUUAUGGAAGAUAAAAAAUCCAAAAUAUUGGUUAUGACAGAAGAAAUAAGAAUUAUGAUUUCUCAAUUACGAAAAGCUCUGGCCACUAUAAAGGAAUAUAGGUGUUACAUUGACAUGCUGAGAAGAAAGAGAGAUCUCUUUGGAGCCCGACUGAUAGAAUCAAACAUUCAUGUUGGUUUAUUCAAAAGAAAAAUUGAUAGGAUUGAAAAAGUCAUGAAGACAUCUGCCUCUGACUACCUUAAUAUGAACAAUGAUUCUUAUAUGCUUAAACUUGAAAUAAAAAACUUGAGAAGAAAACUGAAGAAUCAUGAGAUGUGUGAAUUCACAAUCACUACAUUGAGACAAGAGCUUUCCAAAACUGCCAAGUUAUUAGAACUAGAAAAAGCUAGAAAUGUUGCUCUAGUGGCCACUAAGGAACCAAUAGUUCACAGAUGGAGAGCACUGCUGGCUGCAGAUCCAUCCAAGUAUGAACUUCAUGUCAAAAUCAACAGACUCACUCAAAGGCUCAUUAACAAAACUACUGAAGUUGUUGAGAAGGAACAAAUGAUCCAUAAAAAAGAUCUUUGCUUUUUUGAGCUUCGAGCCCUUUUAGAGCGCCGUUUAGAUCCUAAUCUGACUGUUGAAAUGUCCCUGGCUAAAGCCAUAAUUAGAAAACAACGUAAGCAAAUGCAAGCACUUACAGCUGAGAUCAACAUGAAUAUUUAUGAUUUAGAACAAAAAGACAUUGAAUGCAAUAAGAAACAACAAGAACUGGAUAAAAGCAAAGCUAAAGUUGUUGUACAACAAAGAAAAUAUCUCAAUUUACAGAAAAAACCUUUACCACCAAUUGCUGUGAAGUCAAUGUCAUGUACAGGAUCCAAACUGAGAGUAUUUAAACCAACACUUCCAUUACUCCAAAUGUUCAACUAAAAUGAUGGAAUAAACAAAGCUGACAAAAUCAUGUUAUGUCUCCAUACAUCACUUUUAAAGUUAGCAAAGGAAAUACAAAAUGUAGGCAUACAUUGAUUACAUCUCUGGAAGGUGUCUCUAUGUAAUAUUAAAUAAUGUUUACUGAACAAUAAUUUUGAUAUUAUUAUAUAUUUUGAUAUUUGAUUUAUUUACCAACAAUAAAGUCAGAAGAGAGUAGCUAUA